AUGCCUCAAAUAAGUCUUUUUGACCCUCAACAUGAAAUUACAUACAUUCUGAACGUCUCUGAAGAAGAUGCAAAGAGAGCUAAGGAAGAUUUACAAUUUGCAACGCACCUUUUGAAUAAGCAUAUGCAGAAUUCUCAUUGUCAAUCUGAUUUAAAUCCUGCAGGUAGUAAUGCUCAAAAUACUUCAACUACUACUUCUGUAGCUGAAAACGUGGAUGUAUUAAAUAUAAUACAAAGAGAAGAUAACGAUUCUCAAAAGAAAGAUAAUUUUCGUUGGCCACACGAAGCAAUACUUUUAUUGCUACAAAUAUAUUCGGAAAAUGAACAUCAAUUGACAAGUGGCAAAACAACGCAUAAAAAGUUUUGGGAUCUAGUUGCUUCAAAACUAAUUGAGCAUAGUUAUGAUGUGACUGGCAUACAAUGCAAAAGUAAAAUGGCUGGAUUAAAAAAUACAUAUAAAAACGUAAAAGAUCAUAAUAAUAAAAGUGGCAAUAAUAGGCGAACAUGGCAAUAUUUUGACAUUAUGGACGAAAUGUUUAUCAAAAAACCGUGGGUGCAGCCAGUUCUUACAUUAGACAGUGAGAAUUCAACUACAACAUCUGAUGAGGACAUUCAAAAUUUGCAAACAAAUACUGCAAAGAGAUCACUUUCAGAUGAAAAUAAAUUACCUUCUAAACGACCAAAGGGAAAAUCUAUGCCGGUAGCUUAA